AUGAGCAGCCUCAAGCGUUCGAGAUCGGACCCACCGCCGCCUAUCACUGUGGAAGACACGGCGACUGGCGAGCCGCCGCAACCGUCGCUAUCGCCUACUGCAGAGCGAGCCAAGACCUUCGAUGUACGGUCGGGUUCUGCUCUCGAGGACUCGGAAUCAGAUGCUCGUCAUCGUCAAGGUGGUCCCGGACACAAACGCAAGCAUAGUCCGAACCUCCAGUGGCACGAACAAUGGACCGACGAAAGCUGGCAACAUGGUCGCGUCCUGAUGAUAGACUAUAUUGGAAAGAGACAUAGUCCAGAGGGCAAGAGAAAGGUGGUCAGUCAGGAAUUUCGUGAUGUGGGCAGCCUGCGUAGGUUUUACUCGAAGAAAGACCGCUCGCAGCAGGCACUCAGGGUCAUCCACGUACAGAACGCGCCUUGGGCCGUGCGCUUUCUAUUAGGCAAGUUUAAUAUCGAUGGAAAACAUGACCUACUUGGAACGACCUUCAGCAGAUGGGCACAGCACGAACGACCAAUGGUACGAAACAAUAAACCAGUACCUAAUGGGAGGACGUUCCGGGCUCAGCACGAUCCUUGGAGAGGCAUAAGCCGUGCUGCAUUCAGCUGUGACUACCUGAAGCACUAUCCAAAAGGAAAGGUGCAAAAUGCCAAAACUGGGACCAAAAUGAUGGAGCUCAACGGCUAUGACACGGACGAGAUGCCUUCUCAUGCCUACGACGCCCUUGUGCAGCGUCUCUCGGUCUACAUACAGCUGAGUUCCUCCACGCCUGGAUCAGCAACCGAUCCCGACAUACCCAAUCCCUACAACGAGGAAGACUUCGAGGACUACCAGCGCUUGAAAAAGUCUUACGGCGAUGUCAACGCGAACGAGCACAGGGAGAAGUAUAUACCCAAACUCAACACCUUGGACAAUGGCAGUACCAUUAUCGUCUUCGAGUCAUCACAGUCUGGCGAUGUUAAGGACACGCUAAUCGGCGCUCGACAAGAGGUGGAAUCUCGCUGGCGUCGUCUCACUUUUUAUCUUUCGCGUGCGGAAGCCUCUUCUAACGAGACCUUGACAGUGCAGUGCACAGAUUACAUUCUGAAAGACAUCUUCCAGGCUCUAGCUUACAAUUGGACCCGUUUCUUCGCAGCUUGCGAGACCCACGUGGGCAUCCUCGAAGACAAGAUAUAUGACAAUCCUGCCGAUGAGUCCCGCGACCAAGAGCUUUGGAGCAACAGUGCCCUGUGGCUGAAGGUGGAGCGUUUGGUUUGGAAACACCGCGACAUGGUCGACGACAUGCGUGGCUACCUUCAAGAGCUUGCGUCUGGUGACCCUAAAGACCAGGAAUGGUUGGGAAGCGCACCCUCAGAGUUUGAACGCCUCACGAACCAAUGCGAGCGCGACCUUAUCAAUCCUACAAAAGAUCUCGCGGACUUGAUGUACAAGAGCGUAGGUAUCCGGGAUGCCCGGCAUUCUCUGCAGCUUGGCCUGUCUAUGUGGCGCCUUAGUUGGAUUACCUUUAUCUUCUUGCCAUUGACUUUCAUGUGUGGCUUCUUCGGUAUGAAUGUCGACACUUUUGAGGGCAAUCCUAGCAUCAAAUGGUUUUUCAUCACUGCUAUUCCAGUCCUGGUCGUGGUCCUCGUCUUGUGGUACGGAGUUAAGCACUCACUCUCAACACAACGGCAAAACCCACUCCGUAGAGGAGUCUACGAGUCCUUGUACCAGAACUUGGCGAACGACUAUCCGCACUUGUGGACGAGCCGUGGGCCCAAAUCUGACAUCACUAUGGUUGGUACGUUCGGGCUGCUCAAAUGGCGACUAAUCACACGGUGGUUUGGCAGCGAGAAGCUGCACAAGACGGGCGACUACAAUCCUGCAGUCGACGAAUUCAGCUCCUGGUCGCGCAUCAAGCGAUACCUCGUUAGCCGUUGGCUGCCUGAGCUUCGUAUCGUACUCGCAGACACGCUACCCCAGAGCCAACGAUUAAACGACGACCAGUCUAGGAGUAUAUCAAGCUCAGGAAAUGACAUAGGCGCCAUCGCCGAGCUGAUGACAAUCGCUACGCCUAUUGCAAUGGCUGAGACCGAGCCUGUCGCUGCAAGCAAGUUGCAAAGUCGCCUGCAAGCAACCCGGCUCAAGAGUCUGAGCCCGGCAAGAAGCAGAACAAGCAGUGAUGGAAGUAACAGUGAGGUCAUGAUUGAUGAGCGGGGUGUUAGUGAAGACGAACGGAGCGGCGACGAGGAUAGAGACGGGGACCGAGGCAGGUGGGAUAGGAGGCAGCAACUAGACGUUCCGUUUCCUAUGGGGAAGUCGAUGUGA